UUUGCUCUAAUAUCCUCAGUACACUGGCAGCUGUCGACCCGACAAUAUCACCAGUAAAUGCUUUACUUCCGUGCUUCUUAAAUUUAAUUUAACUGCAUCCGUACUUGCUUUCAAUAUAAAUUUAUUACUCUCGUAAAAACAAAUUUACAUUUAUUAAGGAAACUUUUAUCAGCUGAACUCACUAGUCGUUUCCUUUAUUUCCAAUUACUCUAGUUUAUUAUAGAAAUUUAAUUCAAUUCACAAGUACAUUGCAAAGACAAAAAAAAGUCCCCACUGUAUUGACUAAAAGUGAAUCAACUGCAUCAGUUUCCUUGUCUACUUGUACGUCAACGUCAAGUAAUUACUGUCAUUAGUGACCCACAAAAUUAGUCUUUAUGUUUUAUCAUUUAUCGCGCACCGCGACCUUGAUCCUGAUAUUAAUUACCACCUAGUAUUUAAGUCCAGCUAAAGCAAAUAAAUCAUUUAUAAAAAUGAAUAGCUACGGGUGGAAUAUGUCUGUUGUUUCUGAACCAGAAUUUUCAAAAAAGAAAAUCGAAAAAGUUCAAUUGGGAGAAAGAGGAUCGGGGUUCAGAUCUCAAGGAUCUAUCCAAGAUUUCAAUCAACUGAGACAAGAAUGUUUGUCACGUGGAGUUUUGUUCGAAGAUCCAGAGUUCCCGGCUGUAGAUUCGUCAUUAUUUUUUUCGAAAAGACCUGAUCGAUACAUCGAAUGGCGUAGGCCGAUGGAAAUAGCAGACAAUCCCCAGUUAUUUGUUGAAGGAUUUUCAAGAUUCGAUGUCCAACAGGGAGAACUUGGUGACUGUUGGUUACUUGCAGCAGUAGCUAAUCUCACAAUGCAUCCAAACUUAUUUUUUCAAGUCGUACCUGAAGAUCAGGGUUUCGAUGAUAAUUACGCUGGAAUAUUUCACUUCAGAUUUUGGCAGUAUGGACGAUGGGUCGAUGUGGUGAUCGAUGACCGUCUGCCAACUUACCACGGGCAGCUGAUGUUCCUAAACUCUGCUGAGAAAAGUGAAUUCUGGAGUGCGUUAUUAGAAAAAGCUUAUGCUAAACUUCAUGGUUCUUAUGAGGCUUUGAAGGGAGGAACAGCUUGCGAAGCUAUGGAAGAUUUCACUGGCGGAGUUACUGAGAUGUAUCAGAUGGACGAAACACCACCAAAUUUGUUUAGUAUUUUAAUAAAAGCUUACGAGAGAAAUUCAAUGUUGGGAUGCUCGAUUGAGCCAGACCCUAAUGUUCUUGAAGCGGAAACACCUCAAGGUCUUAUUCGAGGACACGCUUACAGUAUCACGCGUGUCAAGUACGUCAAUAUUGAGACACCGAAUCAGGUUGGAAAAAUUCCGUUGCUCCGAUUGAGAAAUCCCUGGGGAAAUGAAGCCGAGUGGAAUGGUCCCUGGAGUGACAUGUCUCCAGAAUGGAGAUUCAUUCCAGAGCACGAGAAGGAAGAGCUUGGAUUGACAUUUGACACUGACGGUGAAUUCUGGAUGUCAUUCCAAGAUUUUAAAACGUAUUUCACAAAUCUCGAGAUCUGUAACUUGAACCCCGACUCGCUGACGGAAGACGAUCUGAGUGCCGGAAAAAAAAAAUGGGAGACGAGUGUCUUUGAGGGCGAGUGGGUACGCGGAGUCACUGCGGGAGGCUGCAGAAAUUUUUUGGAAACAUUCUAUCACAACCCGCAGUAUCGUAUCACUCUCGAGUAUCCCGACGAGGGUGACGAUAAGUGUACAGUCAUCGUAGCUCUGAUGCAAAAAAAUCGACGUGCUCAGAAGCGUAUGGGCGCGGAUUGUUUGACCAUUGGGUUCGCUAUUUACCAUCUUGAAAAUCCCGAUCGAUUGCCUAAACCACUUGACAUGAAUUUCUUUAAAUAUAAUGCCUCUGUUGCCAGAUCACCCUCUUUUAUUAAUUUACGUGAGGUGACAUGUCGUUUUAAAUUACCUCCAGGUAGUUACUGUAUUGUACCCAGUACUUUUGAUCCAAACGAAGAGGGUGAAUUUUUACUCCGUAUAUUUUCCGAAAACCAAAACAAUAUGGAGGAAAACGACGAGUCUGUUGGUAUCGGAGAGGUGGAUGAUAGGAUAAUUAAUCAGCUUAAUAAAGAAGAUGAUAAAGGCGACGAAGUACGCGAACAACCAGAACCCGACCGCAGUAAUGAGGAAAAAGUACGCGAAUUCUUUAGAAAACUCGCGGGCGAUGAUAUGGAAGUUGACUGGGAGGAGUUGAAAGAAAUUUUGGAUUACGCCAUGAGAAAAGAGCUACCACUGUCUUCUCAUCACAGUGAAGCUCACACAGAGCCGAAUCAAGAAGGCUCUUUGUUGGACUCAAUCAUCUCCCUGCUGUGUAGUGUUGUUUGCAAUGACCAACAAUACAGUAAGCCCGUAGAAAUGCAUAAUGAAGGAUUCAGUAAAGAUGUAUGCAGAAGCAUGGUCGCUAUGAUGGACACUGACCACUCAGGGAAACUUGGAUUCGAAGAAUUCAAAACCUUGUGGAAUGAUAUCAAAAGUUGGAGGGCUGUAUUCCGUCUGUAUGACAGAGAUGGCACCGGUUACUUAAGCGCGUUUGAAUUGAGACAAGCACUCAAUAGCGCAGGAUACAAAUUGAAUAAUCACAUUCUCAAUAUUUUGGUACACAGAUACGGUACCAAAGACGGGAAAGUAACAUUCGAUGACUAUAUUAUGUGUGCGGUUAGAUUGAAAACAAUGAUUGACAUAUUUCAAGAACGCGAUCCACAUCAUACUAACUCAGCGACAUUUACGUUGGAAGAAUGGGUUGAGAAAACAUUAUACUCAUAAAAAAAUCACAAAAAAUAAUAUCUGUGUUACUUAUCAAUUAUUAAAUAACAAAAUACUUUCUCUAAAAAAAAAAAAAUAAUAAUACCGCCAAAUUAAUUUAAAAAAUAUAUAAUAAAAAUAAAUCAUGUGCUAAUUUUGUCACGAAUGAUGUGGAAAAUGUGAAUGUUAAUAUUCAGAUAAUGAAAUUUGAAAUUAAAAAGCCAAAUUAAUUAAAAAUAAAUCAA